CAACGAAUUGCUUAUCCAGCGUAACUAGGGACGGGAGUUGUUGCCUUCUAUUAACGUGUUCAGCUCUACUUUACUAAUUUUAAUUUCUUAAUGUAUUUGUCACCACAACCAAGAUGCCUCCUUACGUGCCGCGCAAACGAGUGCGCACUCCGUCACCAGAGAAUAAUGGUCAGGCUACGAAGAAGCCCGAUAAGGGUAAAGGGAAAGCCACGGCGGUAGUAUCUUCACGGACUCGAAAGGCCACGCUGUUCGACGAUUUAGAUUCUGGCUCUAAGAGAGGCUCAGCUGAGAAGACUAAAUCAGCAGUGCAGCAAAUGCAUGAUGACAGUGAUGAUAGCUCUCUCAGUUCGCUCUCCGAUGUCGAUUUUGAAGAUGUACCAGCUGCCAAGCGACAGAAGGUAAACCAUGAUUCGGAAGAAUCAGAGGACGAGGACAUGGAAUUCGAAGAUGUUCCAUCUCAUGAACCCGAGCAGCCCGAGCCCGAGAUAGAGCUCGAAGGUGAUCUUGAGUUGACAUUACACCAAUCCGGUUAUGUUCCAUUAGUCAGCGAACUAGGAAAAAAGGGUGCUUCAAAGAAAGAGAAGGCUAUGCGUAUCACAACACACUGCAUGCAUGUCCAACUUCUACUCUGGCAUAACGCAGUCCGGAAUUCCUGGCUAUGCGAUAAAGAGGUUCAGGCUAUCAUGAUUUCCCACCUGCCGCCAAGGCUCUGGGAAGAGGUAGAUCGCUGGAGACGAAAUAGUGGUUUAGAUCUCCCUGAGGAGGUUCCGAAGAAGAAACCCGCGAGGGGUAAAGGAAAUACUAAGGGAAAAGGCAAACAACGCGCUUCGACGUCGACGAGAAAUUGGAGUGAUGCAGCAGACCGACUCGAAAAGGGAGUUCCUGACAUGAGCCACGGUGAUCCUUUAUUCAGGCUUAUGAAAUGCCUCGUCUCGUGGUGGAAGCAAAGGUUUCGGAUAAUAGCCCCUGGUUUGCGCAAAUGGGGUUACAUGAGCGCGAGAAGACUAGGCAAGUUACGAUCGAGCUUCGAGACAGAAGAUCAUGAUCCAGGACGUUUUGGUGAACGAAUCAGAGACCUUGAAGAGUUCAGGCAACGUGCCCAGGACUGCUCUGGUAGUCGCGAUCUUGGCUCCCAACUGUUCACGGCGCUAUUACGUGGUCUUGGACUUGAAGCACGGAUGGUAGCAAAUCUUCAGUCACUCGGAUUUGGGAGGAGUAGGGUUGAGGAAGCAGAGGACGAAAAUAGUGUUCCGGGAGCUCAAACAGAUCCCAAGAAGCCUACCGAAUCAACACCAAAGAAGCCAAAUGGAAAGAAGAAGAAAAGUCCUGUAAAGCCAACGACCCGUCGGACGAGGAAGACUGACAGUAAUGCCCUAAGAAUGGAACUGGACGAUUCGGAUGAGUAUGGAGAGCCUCUCACAGACGAGAGCGAUAACUCAUCGAUUGUUGAUAUUACGGAUAUUGCUCGUCCGAAGCGAGCAGAAUCGAAAGCCUAUGACAAGGACCUUGAGUUUCCCCACUACUGGACCGAAGUUUUGUCGCCAGUGACGAAGAAAAUCCUCCCGGUAGAGCCCAUUGUUAAGGCAAUUGUAGCUACUAGUAGAGACCUUAUUGAAUCUCUGGAACCACGGGGAGGUAAAGCCGAAAAGGCGAAACAGGUUAUGGCUUAUUGUAUUGGAUUCUCCGAAGAUGGCACUGCCAAAGAUGUUACGGUUCGGUACCUCAAGAAGAAUAUUUUCCCUGGUAAAACGAAGGGGUUCAGGAUGCCCGAAGAGAAGAUACCCAUAUACAACAAACACGGCAAGGUUAAGAGAUAUGACCAGUUCGAUUGGUUUAAAUCAGUUAUGCGAGGGUAUGUCAGAGGCGACAGGAAACACCCGAUAACAGAGGUAGACGAGGAAGAAGACUCGACUGAGCUUAAGCCAGCAAAACCAGAGAAGAAAGAAGUCAAAGAAGGAGAGGAGACACUCCAAUACUAUAAGACGUCCAAGGAGUACGUCCUACGACGUCAUCUCAAGCGAGAGGAGGCUCUGCUGCCUGACGCGGCUCCCGUCAAAGUAUUUCAAAUUAAGAAGAAAGCGUCUCAAGUUGAAGAGGAAGAUGUAUAUCUUCGAAAAGACGUGGUAGCAGUGAAGAGCGCAGAAACAUGGCAUAAGCAAGGACGCGCUCCGAGGGAUGGGGCUGAGCCGCUGAAACAUGCUCCGUACCGAGCGGCAACGACUAACCGACGAAGGGAAAUUGCCGAGGCCGAAGCACUAACAGGCCGAAAGGUGAUGCAGCCCUUAUACAGCCUCGAACAGACGGAUUGGAUAAUACCUCCUCCUAUCCAGAACGGCGUUAUUCCAAAGAAUGAAUAUGGGAAUAUUGAUAUGUUCGUUGAACAUAUGUGUCCAGAGGGUGCCGUGCACGUUCCGUACCGUGGUGUUGUUCGCGUCUGCAAACGACUUGAAGUUGAUUAUGCGGAAGCUGUAGUCGGAUUCGAAUUUGGUCAUCGGAUGGCCGUUCCCGUCAUUCAAGGUGUGGUCAUAGCUGAGGAGACUUAUGAGCGUGUGAUGGAAGAACUCGAAAAAGACGAGGCAGAGCGAGCGAGAAAGGAAGACGAGAAACGUCGCAAAGAGGUACUGGCAAUGUGGCGGAAGUUCUUGAUGGGAUUGAGAAUUGCAGACAGAUUUAAGCAAGAUUACGGUCAUCUGGACGAGUCAGUGGAAGUCUUCGGGCACGAUACUGGAACCGACAAGGACUUCGAAGCUAUGCGCCAGAGGGAUGAGGAUAUGGCGGGUGGGUUCUUACCUGAAGGAUAUGAAGAGGAGGAAACGACUAAAGUAAAGGAGAAUAAGGAGAAUAGUCGCCAAACUUCAGGGUUCUUUCCGGUUGCAAAUGACGAAGAGGACGAUUCCGAUGACGGAAACGAUCCCUUCGAAGUAGACUUUGGGAAAGAGGAGGCCGAUAUCCUGCCUAGUUCGCCCUCUGAACAGGAAGUCCCAGUUCAUACAGCUCCUAAGAAGGCAGCUCCAAACCCCAAAGCCAAACCAAAGCAAACUGCACGAAGGCGAACUCGAAGGAAACGGGUUACGUCUUCGGAAGAUGACGAUGACGAAGACUUUGUAAACUCGGAUAGUGGUUAGUUUAAAGCAGCCAACCCACAACAAUUCAUCUUCGAUAAUACAAUCCAGUCAACUCAUUCAAUCAUUUGUGUCUAUUAUUUCAUCCUAUCGCGAUCGACAUUUAAUGUUGAGAAAGACCUUCAAAUGCAGUAGCCCCCACGAAGAUUGAAGAUGAUAACAAAUGGCACGCCCACCUCCAACUUACUUUACUUCAAAUAUAGAUGG